AUGAAGGUUCUGGUGGCUGGCGCUGCGGGCUUCAUCGGCUCUCAUACUGUAUUGGAGCUGUUGGAAGCUGGCCAUGAAGUUUUCGCCUUUGACAAUUUCUACAAUGCUGUACAAGGUUGGUUUUUGCUUUGGUGUUUUAUAUUUAGGAACUAGCUUUUGUUUUAUUAGCCUUAUCAUGGCUAACACACUCAUAUUUUGGCAAAAGGCUUUGUUGCUGAGUUAAAUUUGUAUAAUAUAAAUCUUACAGACUCAGAUGGCCAAGCCGCAAGUCUUAAGAGAGUGACAGAGCUUACUGGAAAGCCAAUCCGUUUCCAAAAGUUGGAUUUGAUGAAGCCAGAAGAACUGGAGCCAGUUUUUGAAGCCGAAAAGUUUGACGCCGUUAUCCAUUUGGCUGCGUUGAAAGCAGUAGGCGAAUCUGUGGCCAAGCCAAUUGACUACUAUACUAACAAUAUUGUUGGGACUCUUAAUUUGAUUAAGGUAACUUGCGGUCCUUUUUAUUUUUAAUUCAGUUGACUAGUUCACUUAAAAAAAGUUUUGUCUGUACAUUGUCUUGAGGAAGUAAUGAUAUAUUUUUUCAAUUUUCAGCUUUGCCAAAAGUUCAACGUGAGGAAGUUCUUGUUCUCUAGCUCAGCUACUGUUUACGGAACCCCAGAAAAACUGCCAUUGACUGAAGACUGUUCUACUGGAAGUGGAGUAACUAAUCCAUACGGUCAAACCAAGUACAUGGCGGAACAAAUUUUGAAGGACGUCGCUGUAUCAGACCCAUCCUGGAAGAUAAUUCUGCUCAGAUACUUCAACCCGGUCGGCGCUCACCCUAGCGGCCGUAUUGGUGAAGAUCCUUGCGGAAUUCCUAACAAUCUGAUGCCUUAUGUCUCUCAAGUCGCCAUCGGCAAACUGCCAGUUUUGACCAUUUAUGGCGACAAAUUCCCGACCAGAGACGGUACUGGAAUCAGGGAUUAUAUUCAUAUCGUUGAUCUGGCCAAAGGCCACGUUGCUGCUUUGAAAAGAUUCACGGCCGAUGAUUCAGAGCCGGUUGAGGUCUACAACUUGGGCACAGGCUGUGGGUAUUCGGUUAAAGACAUGGUAACUGGUAUGGAAAAGGCGUCUGGAAAGACGAUCCAAACCAAGGUCGGUGUGCCAAGACCUGGGGACUUGGCUGAAGUUUACUGUAACCCUGAGUUGGCAGCGAAGAAGCUUGGGUGGAAGGCCGAGUUGGGUUUGGAAGAGAUGUGCAGGGAUUUGUGGAACUGGCAGUCAAACAACCCAACUGGCUUCAAAGCCCAAUAA